UUUUAGUCCCCUCAGUUCACAAAGUCACAAGUCAAGUUAGGGUUUAUAUACUUACUAAUAAUAUUCAAACCCUAAACCCCAAUCUUCUUAGCUGCUGCUGCCUCCUCUUCUCUUCACAAUAACAAUCCCUAGAGAAAGAAGUCUACGGUUUGGAAAUAUCCUUUGGUUGAGAAAUUGGUAGAUUGUAGAGGGGCUUGUUGCGGUAACUGGUGUAGAAAGUCAUUUGUACUUCAGCUGCUCGGAGUUAUCAGAAAAUAGUUAUCCAAAAAGACACAUUAUUAUGGGUGUCUUUUCAGUUGGCCGUCAUGGUAACGAGGAAAUAAAUCAGAUUACCCCAUAUACGCCUUUGAAGACAGAUAGUAGUGCAGUUGGUACCGUACCUCCCAGAAAACGGUACAGAAGCAUCCCAGGGGCAUCAAUUCCUUUUGACCAGGACACUUCCAGCCACUCAAUAGCCAAGAUGAUCAUCUUGCACGACUAUCCUCUUAAUAUCACAGAACAUCAGGGAUUUCUUAAUUUUGUACGGUUUCUUCAUCCACAGGUCCAUACAGAUGUCAAAAGUGUCCAAGAGGAAUGUAUCAACAUUUACCGUAGGGAGAAGCAGGAUCUUGUGAAUUAUCUUGGUCAAAUCUCCGGACAUGUUAAUCUAACUCUGGAUUUGUGGGGAUCAGAUCAAGGCCUGUGCUAUUUACUAUUAACAGGCUAUUUUGUUGACAGUGCUUGGAAACUGCAAAAGCGGAUCCUCAAUGUUGUUAUGCUACCAUUCCCUGAUACAGAAUUUGCUUUGAGUCAUGCAGUUGAUAAUUGCUUAGCCAACUGGGGAUUGGAACAGAAGAUUUUUACUUUAACUCUUGAUGAAUCUUGUGCAAAUGAGGCUGCACCAAGAUAUCUUAGAGGUCUACUCUCAGUUAUGAACCCACAAGUUCUUUAUGGUCAGUUAGUACUUGGGAACUGUUACGCUCGAUUAUUGUGCAGUCUUGUGAAGAAUGCUUUAGUAUCAAUGGGAGAUAUCAUCAAGAAAGUUCGUGACAGUGUGAAAUAUGUAAAAGCAUAUAAAGGCAACGAAGAUUAUUUUAAUGAACUGAAGCAGAAGCUUCAAAAACCUAGCUCAAAUAGCUUGGCUAUUGAUGAUCAAACAAAGUGGAAUACUACUUACCACAUGCUAGUGGCUGCCUCUGAACUAAAAGAAGUAUUUUCUUGUUUGGAUACAUCUGAUCCAAAUUAUAGCAUUUUUCUAUCUGAAGAAGAGUGGCGAAGGGUGGAAAUUCUCUGUGUAUACUUAAAGCUCUUCUUUGAUGCAGCAAACUUAUUAGUUGCUCCAACACACCAAACCACCAAUUUAUUCUACCAUGAAGUGUCAAACAUCCAAAUUCAAUUGGCUCAUGCAGCCAUGAGCCAGGAUACUUUUACUAGAAAUCUGACUAAACCAUUGCAGGAAAAGUUUAAUGAAUAUUGGAAUUCUUGCAGCCUAAUUCUUGCUGUUGCUGUGAUUCUGGAUCCAAGAUUUAAGAUGAAACUUGUUGAGUUCAGCUUUUCUAAGAUAUAUGGCAUGGAUGCUGAAACCUGGAUUAAGGUUGUUGAUGAGGGUGUUCAUGAACUCUUUGUUGAAUAUAUUGUGUUAUCGCUGCCUUCACCAACUUUUCUUGUAGAAGACAACGGAGGAGUGAAAAAAGAGACGAGUCCCGAAGAUGAGAAUUCUGCUGGUGGUGAUGAUUUUUUGGACUUUGAUGUCUACAUAUCUGAGAUAGCAGGAAGCCAACAUAUGAAAUCAGAGUUAGACCGGUAUUUGGAAGAACCUCUUUUGCCUAGAACACAAAAAUUUGAUGUUUUAAGUUGGUGGAAACUAGAAGCACAGAAGUAUCCAACUCUCUCUAGAAUGGCAUGCGAUAUAUUGUGCAUCCCAGUUUCGACAGUAGCUCCAGAGUCUGUGUUCGACACUGUACCUAAGAAAAUGGAUAGCUACCGAAGCUCACUAAAACCCUCAACUGUCGAGGCACUUAUUUGUGCCAAAGAUUGGCUUCAGUAUGGAUCCUCAUCAGUUUAGCCCCAACUUUCAAAUGUAAUUUCAGCCCUAUAAGAAUAUUAUUGCUAUCAUGAAGAUAUGAAAGUUACACAACCUCUUGGCGAUUGGCACCAUCAUGGCUUUUCUUCGACAUGAGCUAUUUUUUGUAAAAUCAUUUCACAUACGAAGGCUUCUAGUGGAUCGAUGACAUCAGCCUUUAAUUGCUAUUGGUUGGAGAAAGUACAAGCGUAUAGGAAUCUCAUGGCAAACAAAGAAAUUCAGAAUACCCCAGUUGCAGGUCAACAGAGUUGAAUGGUAUUAUCCAUAUAUUCUUUUGGCUGCGGACUACUUGCAUACUCGAAGAAUAUGAAGAGAAUUCAACACUCAGGUUUUACACAGUUUACAUCCAAUACUUCUGGGUUCAUUGUCUAGUUAGUUCAUGACCUUUUUUCUGUGUAUAUGAUGGUGACCGUGGUGAUAAAAAUGCAGUCCCAUAUGCUUCACGUACUAAUAUUGCAGCUUCGUUUGUACUAUCAUGACUAAUGUAAAACACAAUGUCCACUUUACAGUCUCA